AUGGAGGAGUUUUUAUCAGAUAUUCGAGUUGCCACACCAAGAACUUCUAACUUUUAUGUUGCAUCUACAACAACACGCUCAAGUGGAAAUGCAACAUUAUAUGCAAUUGCACAAUGCAUUGAAAACACAACUCAAAAUAUUUGCCAAGACUGUUUGGAUACAGCAUAUAACAAUUUAGUAGAUUGUCUCCCUAAUACCGAAGGAAGAGCUAUUAAUUUGGGGUGUUUUAUGAGGUAUUCUGGCACACCAUUUUUUAAAGAUAACCAGACGAUUGACAUCACGUCUUUUCUACAAGAAGAGAGUUCAAGCAAAUUAGGCAUGAUUGUUGCAGUAACAGUCGGUGGAGGCAUAUUCUUGCUUAUCCUUGUUUUCUCACUAUGGUAUCGACUACGAAAAAGAUCAAAGGCAAUUGAAGAAGAUGCUUCUGAGCUACAAGGGGCAGUAAAUUUCAGCUAUAAAGAUAUGAAACUAGCAACUGGAAAUUUUAGCGAAGAAUAUCGAAUAGGGAGAGGAGGAUUCGGUGAAGUGUAUAAGGUAAUAGUAUACAAUAAUUUAUUUAGUUUUUGA